UUCACGACUCUCUCCCCCGGCUGCCUCUCGGUUCGAGGGGUUUUGAUCCCUGGCCUCUGCCUCUUGUUUUUCUCUUCAUCCUCGAGUAUCCAUGUACAGCUCUUCAGCUUCCUACGAGGCCUGUCACUCAUCUGCACAGCUUUAUUUUUUGCCUUUUGCUGCUCUUGUACUAACCUUUUGCUCCCUGUUCGCUUUGUGGGCCCACCCAACCAUGGAUAACUCAGGGAAGGAGAAGGAAGCUCUGCAGCUCCUGGCUGAGGCUGACAAGAAGGUGAAGUCGUCCCAGUCAUUCUUUUCAGGGCUCUUUGGUGGCUCCUCUAGGAUGGAAGAAGCAUGUGAACUAUAUGCCCGGGCUGCCAACAUGUUUAAGAUGGCCAAGAACUGGAGUGCUGCUGGCAAUGCCUUCUGCCAGGCUGCCCAGAUCCACCUUCAGGUUCAAAGCAAGCAUGAUGCAGCCACUAACUUUGUGGAUGCUGGAAAUGCAUUCAAGAAAUCUGAUCCCCAGGAGGCAAUUAACUGUCUGCUUCGAGCAAUAGAGAUCUACACUGACAUGGGAAGAUUCACCAUUGCCGCCAAACAUCACAUUUCCAUAGCAGAGAUCUACGAGUCAGAGCUGGUUGACAUAGAAAAGGCGAUAGCACACUAUGAGCAAGCAGCAGACUACUAUAAAGGAGAGGAAUCCAACAGUUCAGCCAACAAGUGUUUGCUAAAAGUUGCAACCUAUGCUGCGCAGCUGGAGCAGUAUCAGAAAGCUGUUGAAAUUUAUGAGCAGGUUGGUACCAAUGCCAUGGACAGCCCACUUUUGAAAUACAGCGCAAAAGAGUAUUUUUUCAAAGCUGCCCUUUGCCAUUUCUGCAUCGACAUGCUCAAUGCCAAGUUGGCUGUCCAGAAAUAUGAGGAAAUGUACCCAGCUUUCACUGACGCAAGGGAAUGCAAAUUAGUUAAGAAACUCCUCGAUGCUCACGAAGAGCAAAAUGUGGACAGUUAUACAGAUGCGGUGAAAGAAUAUGACUCCAUCUCCCGCCUGGACCAGUGGCUGACGACCAUGCUGUUACGCAUAAAAAAGACCAUCCAGGGAGAAGAGGAGGACUUACGUUAAUGCUUAAGGGUGACACCCUUUCCUCUAGAUGGAGCCAGCUGGAGGAAUUUAGGGAGGGGGCACUGCUUCUAUCUUAUUUACUAUUACUACCCAACUUUCAAUCAAUAUAAGUUCCCACAUCCUACCUCUGUGCUGUGCAUUGUGGCCUGCUGUUGCUCUCUGGUUUCAAGCACAGUUGUGGAGUGAAGAUUGAAAGGCGUUUUUUAAACCAUAAACUAUGAUCAGCCAGAAAUACAUGUAUAUGAAUAAAAGUGAAUGAGAAACCGAAAAAAAGACCACUCCAGCUCACCGAUCCUCCCUUUGACCAGGUGCUCAGUCAACAGUGUCCCCACUGUAAGUACAUCAAGAACUCCACAGGCAGACGGCACUUCUGGAUAUGUUUAUUGGGUAAAACUGCUGUAAACCGCGUUUACAGCAGUUUUUCCCAAUAAACAUAUCCAGAAGUGCUGUCUGCCUGUGGAGUUCUUGAUAUCUGAAUAAAAGUACAUCUUUUAGCAAUACUCCAAACAUUCACAACUAAAUUGCAUGUGUUAGCAUGUACUGAGUGCCAUAAACUCUUUGGCUGUGAGCUGUACUCCAUUAUCUGCUUCCACCCAGAAAGCACUUCUUUCCAGCUGGAACUUUCUGGAGGUUAUGGAAAAGGCUUGGUUAAAAACAUUGCAUGGAUUUUAGGAGUUGUGGUGCAAUUUACCCCCGAUACUAAUAUCACUCAUUUAAUUUUUCAUAUAUUUGUUAAUGAGGGCGUAAAAUGGAAGAGCAUAUUCAAUCCUUCUAAAUUUCUUAGUGUAAUGGCACAAGGGCGGUUUAUCACCUCCACUGGGGCAAUAAAUUGCUGUGGAGACAAAACGCUGCAAAACAUUCUGUGUGCCAUUAGUCAUAUUAUGCAGAGUAUUCUCAGUUGUGCUGCUUUUUUUUCUUACUAUUUACUAUCUGGCUAGUCUAAAGACUGCUGCUAGAAGUAGUAAGAUCUUUUCCCAGCUGAAUGGGACAGUAUGUCUACACAAUGUUUCUCCUAUUUAAAUUUUCUAUAUACUGGCAGAAGCUAUCUGUUCGUGCAUUAAAGGAGAAGGAAAGUCUUGCAGAACUUGGGGGUGCCAAAUGUUAGGCACCCCCAAGUGAUUGCAGUUAGUUACCUGAAACCCUGGGCCGGUGCUCCUAUCAGCAGAAAACUGCACCAGCCUGGGGUUAUACCAGUGAGCACCACAGAGAGAUCCUCUUCUGUCUUCCUCUUUCCUUCGCGCGGCUACGCAUGCGCAGUAGAACGGAAAGCCCAAGUUUAACUAAAAAUUCGGCUAUUUCGUUCAACUGCGCAUGCGGUUGCCCCAGGAAAUUUAAAGACAGAUAAAGACAAAAGUGGAUCGAUCCAUGGUGCUUACUGGUAUAACCCUAGGCCGAUGCAGUUUUCUGCUGAUAGGAGCACCUGCCUGGGGUUUCAGGUAACUAGUCACUUAGGCGUUCCUAACAUUUAGCAUCCCCAAGUGCUGCAAGCCUUUCCUACUCCUUUAAUGGUGUAUUCAAGCUGGUGCAACCAAAUGCCAUCAGGAGCCAGUAUCAUGGAGGAAGAAAACAUUUUUAGAAAAAAAAAAAAAAAAAUACUCUGAAAUAUGAAUCGGUAUAGCUGUAUCAUAAAUGAUUCCACUCAUGGAAACCAAAACCAAAUGUACUGCAUCUUGGCAAUGCGGUUUCUUUAACUAUAAAUACACUUACUAUUUAUUUAUCCUAAUUGCUUAGAAAAGAUACCCAGAGUUUUUAUAGCGGUACAAUGGGUCCUUUAUUAAAUAACUGCCAUUUGCCAGUCUUUUCCAAUGCUGUAGCACCUAACCAGGCCGGAUUUACAUAUCAGGCGUCCCUGGGCCCGCAGCCAUUCAUCACCCCAUACCAGCGCCGAUUCGGACCUAAGCGCCGCCUGAGGCGGCUCCUGCAAUGCCACCCCCCCCUUGCCGACUUACUUGUCGGGAGGGGAGGCAGAAACACUAAUGCGGAGAGCGCAAUUGCGCUCUCUCGCAUUAGUAAAGCCGAAUUUCCGGUUUAAAAACUGGAAAUUCGGCUCUUAAAGGUGCAGGAGCGGCUUUUUGCCACCCCUGGAAACCGCUUCGGCGUUGCCGCCUGAGGCGAGCGUCUCAGCCCCAUACCCUCCCCUUCCUUUGUGUACAUGCCCAAAUUUUCAGCAUCUGGUCUGGAGUACUGGAGAUUUGUGCACAGGAAAAAUGAUUGUAUCUCCUGUAAAUCCCCAGUGCUUUCAAACCAAUGUGGGUGUGGUUGGGUGGCACGCCGCCCGCCUAAAAUUUUGCCGCUCUAGCCCCGGGCCUCUGCGGCCUUUCCACAAAUCUGUGCCUGCACCUAACUAAUGUCUCCUCUAAGUAUAUUUUAAUUGCAGUAGAGCAAUAUUAUUUGCCGCUGCCUUGUGGAUUAAUGUCCAAAUAAAACAUAGGGGUGGUGGUAUCUUCCUGGUAAAGAAAAAAGCUGAGGAAGUGCAGUGAUGUGCACAUAUCCUGUAACAGCUUUAGAGAACAAUUUAAUGUCAAAUGAUAGGUUAUUCGAAGUUUGAUACUUAGUGGCACUUUCUACCCUUACAUAUCGUUCUAAAUGUUCUGCCUACAUUUUUAGUUUUGCCUCCUUUACAAGCUGUAUUUUACACUAACUAUGUUGUAUCCAAGCCUCUAUUGUCUUGUGAACCAUCUCAUCACACAGCUGAACUGAUAAAUAAAGCAAAUGAGAUAUUAA